UGUUUGGUAUACUCUAUUCAAACCUUAACUGUUAGUCCAUCGCUCCGGUCAUGUCGGAGCCCUAGACGUCAGUAACCAACGCAAGUAACAAAGGCCUGCCGAUGACGUAUGGGGCACUUAGUCCUGCGGCGUCACGCCUGAAAAUACUUUUGGAGAAUCUACCGCUGCCGGACGAGUGUGUGCAGGAGGCGGAAACGCUCAUAAAGCAAUGCAGCGAAGCAGAGCUUUCUAACCUAGGGCUAGGGCCUCCUCCGCGCCCCGUCGUACCCCGCGGCCUCCAUGAUGCUACCAGCGGAAAGCCCAUCAGUCCGCAGCAGCGCUUGCAUGCCGUCCAGCACGUGAUAAAUUCGCUGCAGUACAACCACACGCCCGGGUACUACUACAAUGUCUCCAAGUCACGGCCCUUCUCACGUAUCAUGGACACAGCGCGGGAGGCGUUGCGAGCAGCCCUGCCAAUCAAAUGCCUGGAGGCGGUCUUCCUGGGCGCUCUGCUGACCGCUGGUUGGCACGAACUGGACCGCUUGCCACUGGCGUUCAAGAGCACGGUUCAAGGCCAGACGUACAGGCACAUCGUGUUGGUCGUAUACCACGCGCCCAGCCGCAAAUGGGGCGCUCUGGGGCUGUCUCGCCGACCCGAGCUGAUGGACAAGGACCUUGUGUACGACAGCCUGGCAGACCUCGUAUCCGAGUACAAGGCUUCGUACGAGCGCUGGUGGCAUAUGUUGGCACGGGUGUACGUCGGUCUGCCCCUGGAGCACGACACCUACUACUCGGGCCCUGUGUGCUGGCGCUACCUCACGCUGUCUCUCACGGGCCGCAAACCCUGGGCAGUGCACCGCGCCGCGCUGGACACAUUUGCGGUGCAAUCACGGCGCCUGGCUGCCAAGUUCCGCGCACUGGGCUGCCAGCCCUCCUCCAACACCAGUCUCAACGGCGGAGAGCCGCUGCCAGUAGGGCUGCAACAAGGGCUGCACCCGCAAACGCAAGCACAGCAGCAGGAACAGGGGCAAGGUCAGGGGCAGGGGCCGGCCUCUGGUGCGCAGGAGGGGUCGCUGGAGAGGGCUGGAGGCAGUGCCGGGAGUAGCGGAGGGUCGCCGUUGUGCAGUGCUGGCGCGGGUGCGGGUGCGGGUGCCGCUUCGAGGUGUGCCAAGUCCGUCUCUCCCAGUCGCCGCCGCCCGCCGCCGCUGCCAGUGCCGCCCCUUCCGCGACGCGCCCUCACACCGCCACGCGGCGUGCUUUCCUCCGCUGCUGCCUCUGCCCUGCUCAGUCCCGUCUCCCCAGCACCCCAUGCGUCGACGACGCUAGCGGGAACGUCAACACCACCGGGAGCACACGCAGUAGCAGUUGCAGCAACCGUAGCGUGUACGGCAGGUACGACACCAGGAGCCGCAGCGGCGGCGGCAGCCCCGCCCAUGCUGGGCGGUAUCCAGGGCCUCAGCCCCAUGCGCUGCCGGAGCGCUGUGCCCACACGACCCACACUCAACAUCAAGGGCAGGGGAAGUACAGGCAUGGAUGGUGCCGCCGCAGGCUGCACCGCCGGGCCUACAACACCCACUGCAGCAGGAACGGCAGGCUUGCCGGUAUCAGCGACGGAGGGCGGGGGCGGCGGCCCGGCGGGUGUGGCUAGCUGCUCGCCACAUGGCUCAUUCAGGAGUAGUAAUGGCCACAGCGGUUUCGUGUCUCCCUACCUUGCAAUGCUUCCCAAGGCCGCCGUGACCCAUGCGCUGUCCGCCUCAGCGGGUACCUCCUCCGCAUCCCAGCAUGGGAGCGCAAUGCCUUUAUCUGCAGUCGGGGCUGCAUCAGGCAAGGAGCAAGCAGCCAAUCGAGGGCAUCCGAGCACAUCCGAGGGCUCUUUGUCGGGUCGCGGCACGGUUAUGCGCUCACGCCAUCGAGCUGAGCAGCAGCCACCGAACACGGAGACUUCCUCGCAAGCGCCUGCGCCAUUUCCGCAUUCCCUGCAAGCUCAGUCGCAGACGCCAACACAACCCAACGCGCAGCUGCAUGUGCAGUCCCAAGCAGAAUUGCAGCCACAGCAGUUAGAUGGUCGGCGGUCACGGCAGGUCAGUCGGUCAAGCACGCGGCGUCGCUGUUCAGAACCAGGGGGUGCGGCUGCGUUGGCGGCAGCAGCAGCGGCAGCCACGGCGGAGCACCGAGGCCAUGUUAACAUUGCAAUGAGGGUGCAGGCGCGCAUGCUGAGGCAGCAGGUCCGGGCUGAGGAGCGGAGGGGCGGGAAGGGGGAUGCAGCGGGAGGGGAUGGAGGCGGGGUUGGAGACGAAAGGCCGGGCAGGAAGGUGGGAGAGGCGGCGGCGGUAGAUCGAGGUGAGGAAGAGGAGGAGGAAGAUACGGAGAGCGCGGAGGAGGAUUACUUGAGUGGGGGAAGCGAAGAUGGGGGCGAUGUUAACGGUGGUGGCGGUACUUGAGGCAUGAAGCACCUGUGGGGUUGCGGGAUGCCCUGUUGUCCCUUCGGUGCGUGCUGCUUUGUGCGUACCCAUGUUCCCCUCCCACUUGCACGAGCUGUACUUCCUGGAGAGAAGGCAGCAGCACUUCAUUCAAUGGCGUGUGACUAACGCCGUACGCCAGCUCUUUCUUCAAUCAAAAUGCAGCCCAUCUAACUAGAGGAAUAUUGGUAUUAUGUGUAUGUAUAUGGACAUAUAAUUUAUCAUGGCAUGGGUAAUGCUAUUUAUGGAACGACGUAAUGGGGCCCUGGCAGGUCCAACACAAGCGUAACAUAGUUUCUAGCUCGAAUUACAGUUCAAUGAACCCACAAAGUCUUAGAACUGUGCUUACCCUAAUUAACGGCGUGCUCUUGGCUUGUUCAACAUGCCUGGCUGCACGCGGACAGUCUGUGCAGCAUAGAAGCGACGUUGAGCUGAUCCAGAGAUGCUUCAAUGCUGCGUAUAACUCAACUCCCACAUCCUUUGGAGCUUUCAUGGCCAACAAACCUGUGAGUCUCAGCAUAUCUGAAGUAUGGAUGUCAAGGCGGCAGGCGGAGGUCCCUCUGACCAUUUUUACGACAGCUACAAUGGACCGCUUGCAGCAUUUGGAAGCUCUCUGCAGGAUGCUGCCCAAAGGCACUGUUUCAGCGGCGGUAUACCUCCCGCUUGUGCAGCGGCAAGGGGGCAACCUGUCUCACCGAAACACGGGUCUGCAAAGCCUUGUGACGGACAUAAUACAGCGCAUGUUCCAACAACUAGAAGCUAGUCCUGAUGCGUGCUCUUUGCGAGUACUCCUGCUGACGGAAGUAACAAAUGAUCCGGCGAUUGCAGCUCUGGUGCCUAUCAACGCCCUGCGCAAUGCCGCGCUGCUUGCCGUGCGCUCGUCCCUGGUCGCCAUGGUCGAUGUGGAUCUCGGCAUCAGCGCCUCCCUCAUAGCUGUUCUCCAAAAUUCAAGCAGGGUCGCAGCAAUGCUGAAGGAAGCCUCAGUGAUGUGGGUCAUGCCGGCUUGGGAGGCUGACCCACAUCUUACCCGGGCGGAUGCCGAGAACACCGUGCACUCCGUACUGAUGGGCGACAAAAACCGCAUCGCGCUGCUUUGGUCCGCCCGCCACAUCCGUACCUUCUCUGAGGACAUAUUUCCGCAGGGUCACAACGUCACAAACUACCGACGGUGGCUGACGGCAUCUGAGCCAUACACGGUGGAUUACGCACGAGGUUAUGAGCCUUGGGGCCUUACAACAAGGGAGCGGCAUGUACUGCGGCCGUACGACGUCCGGUUUCGGGGCUGCUUCCGUGACAAGGUGACGCAUGUGGCGUCCCUGUCGUACAGCGGUACGACAUUCAAGGUGCUACCGGACGCGUGGUUGGUACACCAGCCGCAUGAUCUGUCUGUGGCGGCCUCCAUAGCUGUCGGCCGGAACAGCAAAGCCCAUCCCAAAGUCAAGGCUUUACAACAGGCAGUGUACUAUCGAGGUGUCAACACGACCAAGUUUACGUUGCACAAGGCUCACUCCAUGAUCACCAGCGACUCAGCUCUGAGCGCCAUGGCCUCUGGCACCUACGUGCCCGUUGUUGGAGAGCAGUUUGAGAACUGCCGUAAGAGCCUGCCGUGGCUUUAACUCUCGGUUUAAGAAGGUUACACUAGAGCAGACCAGCAGACAGAAACGGCUGGCUGUUGUAAACAUGGCAAGAGCAUGUGCGUGCGGCCAUGUGUAUGAACUUAGGGCGGCUUUGGCGACAAGGGCUGCAAUAGUGCCAUCGAUGACGUGUUUGACUCGAGGAGCGAGGAGGUCAGUGCAGCUAAGGGGGCAAGACCUGCCAGGACGAUUACAUCAAGAAAGGGUUCUGCACGCCAGGAGAAUGUUCCUUGGAAGCCGUUCCGGGUCGGCGAGAGUCCGUGGCGACCCGUGGGUCAUGCCUUCCGUUGUCGUACAUCCUGCUACGGACAAGGGUCGCUAUACGCCAACUUCGUAACCCAGGACGUAUGAACA